AUGGCUCCGCCUCGCUCCCGGAAAGGGCAUGGUGACAGGGCGGAUGAUGAUGGUAGUAAGCCUACUCGGAAGGAAGAUCUCGCGAACCUCUUUGGUGAUGAUGAUGCUGAUAGAUAUGGUGUGGGGGAUGAUAAGUACUGUUCAUCCAGAGGUAGUAAGAGUAAGUCCCAGGAGAGAGCGGUAGCAGCAGCCCAGAAGGCAGCAGCCAAACGGUCUAGGGACUCUGAAGGUUUUACCUGGAAGAAGGUCUCUAUCGGUUUACUCUUCCUGUCCCUUUUCAGUGCUGGUGCCUUCUCUACGAUACUCACGAUAUACGACUUCUUAGCUGCUGGGUUCAAGAAUAUUGAUAUUGAGGACGCGCCCGCCCUGAGGAAGGUAUUACUAUCAGGAGAUCCCGCUCUAGUGUACUGUUUUGAUAAAUCCAUGAAGGUGAAUAAGGUUCCCCAGGUACUAAAAGAUGCAGAUAGGGAUCUACGAGGGAUAGCCUCUACCUACACUAUGGAUUGCCAUCAGCCUCUGCCUGACUCUGGCAAGAGCAUUUAUCAAAAAUACAAGUUUUCAAAUACCCUGAUGCCAGCUUUCGUGGUAGCGAAUGGUGACCGUCCUGUCCAACUAAACUCCAACUCUAUGGCGAGUUCACAGACCGUUGUGGAGUUCGUGAAGGUUCGUACCAAACCCAUAGUCCGGUUCGCUAAGAAUGCUAAGCAAUUGGAUGGGAUGUGCCUCAGCCGUCAGAAAUGCCUUCUUAUUGGAUACCGCACUAAGUUCCCUGAUCAAGUUAAGAAGGUUGUUAGAGAGGCAAUGAUGUCCCAUAGAGGAUUGCGGGUCGUGGCUUUGGAUACAUCCAAAUAUAGACUCAAGCUAGAUCCUGCCAUAGUACCAUCUAAUGAGGAUAGUGGUGGGAGCGAGUCGAAAGGGAAGAGGACAGGGAAGAAGAGCAUGAGGAAGACUCUGUCCUUUAUGUGUUUGAAUACCCCUGAUAGGAAGGUAGACCUGGAUGGUCCCACCAAAGGUAUGGUAGAAGUGUUAUCACUCGUGGAUAAGGGUAAGCAACUUGAAAGGGACUAUGAUGCAGCCCUCCGCCCACCCAAACAACCUAAAGCUCGUCAGCAAGAACAACAGCAGUCGUCCAGCGGUAGUGCAGCUGCUAAGAAGGGACAUCAAGGGUCUCGAGAGGCCGAGAAGGACGAGUUGGGAAAGCAGAGUGGUGGAGGAGGAGGACGUGAUGCUCUAGAGGAGGAUGAGCCUCCUGUUAUAACUGAUGUUGAUGAUGAAGAUGCUGAAUGGGAUGAGCUACUCAAUAUGGAAGAGGAUGAUGAUGAUGAAGACGAGGAACUCAACUUGUACUGA